AUGUCUAGAUCUGGGAUAAAUGAAAUUUUUAUUGAUAAACCCUUUUCAAUUGUAGCCAAUAUCUUAUUACGAAUAAUUCCGACAACUUCGGGAGAAAAAGAGGCAUUCACCUAUUACAGAGAUGCGAAAGGUUACACCUAUGGGUUAGGUCAACCCUACUCCACUAGUACCAAUAGGGUGCAUAGGGGAAGAAGCACUACUCCUAGGAAUCAACACACGAAAACUUUGUUUAAAUUAUCCCUUUUCCUUAUCAGGAUCGGGACUAACAAUGGUUGGGACAACAAACAUCCAUCUCGUUCGUAUUUUGGAUACCCGUAUAACCAUCGAAGACUGUUGAAGUGACUAAUUCCUGCAAAUUUAAGGGCGUUGAAGACAAAGAAAUUGUUGGAGUAACUUUUUUUUAUCUAAUACCAACAUGCUUGAUGUUAAGGAAAGAUCUUCUACAAGAAGGUUGGCUAGAGAUUUCUUGUAAAAACACCAGCCCCGCUUAGUUUAUAAUGAGAAUAUUUCAGUCUUUUUGAUUCCAUGUAUUAUUAUCAUUAUGCACAUAAAGGAGGAGCCGUAUGAGAUGAAAAUCUCAUGUACGGUUCUGAAACGGAGAUUCUUUGAAUCGAAUGACGACCGUAACGGAUGUCGGCUCAAUCCGAAGGAAAUUAUGCGGAAGCUUUACAGAAUUAUUAUGAAGCUAUGCGACUAGAAAUUGAUCCUUAUGAUCGAAGUUAUAUACUCUAUAACAUAGGCCUUAUCCACACAAGUAACGGGGAACAUACGAAAGCUUUGGAAUAUUAUUUUCGGGCCCUAGAGCGAAACCCAUUCUUACCACAAGCUUUUAAUAAUAUGGCCGUGAUCUGUCAUUACGUGCGACUAUCUCCACUAUAGAAAUAAAAAAAGGAAAGAAAGAAAAAAUCCGUUAACGUUAAUAAAUACUAGAAACAAAGAGUAGGCUUUCUACAUAUGUAUCGUUCAAAA